AUGGCGCGCGCCCGCCGAGCCCAGCGCACCUCGAGUGCCUCAUCCAGCAGCUCCUCCUCCACCUCACCCGACCGCGGCGCCGACGACGACAACGACUCCUUCAUGCUGCAGGCCAACGACUCCCAGUCCUCCCUCGGCGCCGAAAUCUCGCAGGAUCUGGCCCGCAACGCUGCCAUGCGCCGCGAAUACGAGGAGCGCUGCCGCGUGUCACCCGUGCACCGCCUGCCCGCCGAGUUGCUCAUCAGCAUCUUCUCCCGCCUCACUUCGCCGCGCGACCUGCAAAACUGCUUGCUGGUGUCCAAGGACUGGGCACGGAACAGCGUGGGCUUGCUGUGGCACCGGCCGGCCAUGGGCAAGUGGGACAACAUCCAACGCGUCAUCCUGUCCAUUCGCUCCACCAACAAGUUCUUCGCAUAUCAAGAUCUGGUCAAGAGGUUGAACAUGUCGACCCUGGCUACUCAAAUCAGCGACGGCACCCUCUCCGGCAUGGAGGACUGCAAGCGGGUGGAGCGCCUGACGCUGACCAAUUGCAGCAAGCUGACCGACUCCAGUCUGCAGCCUCUGUUGCAUGGAAACCGAAGUCUGCUCGCUUUGGAUGUCACUGGUCUCGACCAGCUCACCGACCACACCAUGAUGACCGUGGCAGACGAGUGCCUCCGACUCCAAGGGCUGAACGUGACAGGGUGUAAGAAGAUCUCGGACGCUUCCAUUGUCGCCAUGGCGAGGAACUGCCGUCAUCUGAAGCGUCUCAAGUUCAACAACUGCACGCAGUUGACCGAUGUUGCCAUUCUCACAGUCGCCGCACACAGUAGCCAUCUGCUGGAAAUCGAUCUAUACGGCCUACAAAACCUGCAGAGUCCAUCCGUCUCGGCUCUGCUCACGUCAUGCUCCCAUCUUCGCGAAAUGCGUCUGGCGCACUGCUCUCGAAUCAACGACUCCGCCUUCCUCAACAACCUUGAAGGUCGGCGUACCUUUGACUCUUUGAGAAUUUUGGAUCUUACCGACUGCAACGAGCUUGGAGACAAGGGUGUCGAGAUGAUUGUCAAGAGCUGCCCGCGACUUCGGAAUUUGAUUCUGGCAAAGUGCAAACACAUUACCGAUCGCGCCGUCCUUGCCAUCACCAAGCUGGGUAAGAAUCUACAUUACAUACAUCUCGGCCAUUGUGCACGCAUCACAGAUCUUUCGGUGGAGGCUCUGGCAAAGUCAUGCAACCGUAUACGGUACAUUGACCUGGCAUGCUGCAGUCUGCUCACCGAUAUCAGCGUCAUGAAGCUGGCAGGUCUGCCAAAACUGAAGAGGAUCGGGCUAGUCAAGUGUGCUGGCAUCACCGACCGGAGUAUCUACAGCUUGGCGGUGGGUGAACUAAAGAACGGGCGGAAGGUGAAUGGGGUUAGUGUCCUGGAGAGAGUGCAUCUCAGUUACUGCACGUUGCUCACACUGGAUGGCAUUCACGUUCUACUCAACAACUGCCCGAAGCUCACCCACCUGAGCUUGACCGGCGUGCAGGCCUUCUUGCGCGAGGAGCUUCUCGCAUUCUGCAGAGAGGCUCCGCCGGAAUUUAAUGAACAUCAGCGGGACGUCUUUUGCGUCUUCUCCGGCACGGGAGUUGCACGCCUGCGCGAAUUCUUAAACGACCAAAAGCGGCGAGAGGAAGCCCUGGGCCCCGAUUCGGUGGCAUCGUCAGCAAUGGAAGACAGCGACAUGGUGGACGCAGAUAUGGACGACCAGAGCCCCGAUUCUGAUGGUAGCAACACACCGGUGCUCAAUGUCGAUGUUCAUGGCCAUUACCCUGCCGGUGGGACCCCUGUCGCCGGUCCCAGCACCAUCUUGCCGUUUCCGCCAGCCCCACCCAUGCACCAUGCUCCCACGCAGCAUAAUACACAUCUCUCCAUCCUCAGUCAGAGCGCACCUGCGACUACUGGAGUUGCUGUCUGGGCCGGCAAUACGGCGCCGUUGAUUGUCCAUGGCGUGGGCAGCACUACCAUCUUGGACGAGGACGAGGACGGUGAGGAGACGUUUGGUGAGGGCAGCGAUACGAUGGGCGACUAG